AUGUCGCAACAUGCCCUCUCCGACGACCAGGUCGCGGGUGAGCUCCGCAAGAUGACCGCCUUCAUCCACCAAGAAGCCCUGGAAAAAGCCCGUGAAAUCAACCUCAAAGCCGACGAGGAGUUCGCCAUCGAAAAGUCCAAGCUAGUCCGCCAAGAAACCGCCGCCAUCGACACCCUCUACGAGAAGAAGUUCAAGCAGGCCGCCAUGUCCCAGCAGAUCACGCGCUCGACGCUCGCGAAUCGUACCCGUCUCCGUGUGCUGUCGGGUCGCCAGGAGCUGCUAGAUGAUCUGUUCCAGCAGGCGAGGGAGAAAGUUACUGGUAUUGCGGGCGGGGAUGCGAAGAAGUACGAGGAGGUGCUUAAGGGGCUGGUCCUCGAGGGAUUGUAUACGUUGAACGAGGACAAUGUUAGCGUCCGCGCACGGAAGAAGGAUUAUGAUUCUGUCAAGAAGGCUAUUGAGGAGGCUACUGCGGAGUUUAAGAAGACCGUUGGGAAGAAUACUGUGGUUGAGUUGGAUGAGGAAGAGUCGCUGCCAGAUGGAUCUGCCGGUGGUGUUUCCAUCAUCGGAGGCCAGGGCAAGAUCGAGAUUGUCAACACCUUCGAAGAGCGACUGCGGUUGCUCGAGAUUGACGCCCUCCCUGCCGUCAGAGAGAUUCUCUUUGGCAAGAACGAGAACCGGAAAUUUACUGAUUAG